AUGUCCAGUGGUCGUCGUGAGGAAGGGGGGGUUUGUGUCGAAAGGUCUUUACUUUAUAAAAUACAUGUAGACAAUUAUUCUGUUAUAUUCUUGAAUGGUGUUACAAAUGAAGCCGCAAUGCCUAUGCAAAUAAUAGUCGAAGACUAUGCUAGUGAUCUUUUUCAAGAUGCACUCAGGGCGUAUGGAGUAGAGUACAGUCAUAGUAACCUAGAACCAAGACACAAAGAGCAGUCCCCAUAUGAAGAAUCUUUAAAUUACAACAGCACAACAUUUUGGGAUUGGACAACAAUAAAUUCAUGGAUUUCUAAAAUGCAGCAGAAGUAUCCACUAUUGAAGAAACAGAUUCUGGCAUUGACUUAUGAAGGCAGAGAAGUCUUUACUCUAUCCUUUACAAAAAAUAAAAAAAAUCCUAUCAUAGUUAUAGUAGGCGGAGAGCAAGGAAAGGAUCGGAAUUCAGUAGCAAUAAUUAUUGCUCUUUUACAUGAGUUAUUAGAAGAUAAUAUCUUCUAUGAGUUAUUAGAUUAUCUUAGUUUUUAUUUUAUACCUAUAAUGAAUCCAGAUGGUUAUGUUUACAGCAUGGAAAAGUCUGAAUUUUGGGCAAAAAAUAGGAGAGUUUUCUUCCCUAAACGAAAAUGUGACUGGACACUUAAUGACGAAGACAAUGUCGCUAUUGGGGUUAAUAUGGAACGAAAUUGGUACUAUGAAAAUGAGUUGAACACCCAAGAAGAUAUAUGUAAUACAGUGUAUCUGGGCCAUAAAUCAUUAUCAGAAAAGGAAACCCAUGGCCUAGCCAGUUUUUUAAAUGAUCAUGCUGCUAAAUUAAUGGGAUAUAUCAAUGUUAUAGGCUAUGGUAAUAGAUUAAUCACAUUGCCCUAUGCAAAUACACUGCAACAAUCUAUAAAUCAUGGUAUUAUGGGGAAACAUCCCCCAAAUAAGCAGUCCCGGAUCAAGGCGGCAAGGCACGGACGGUGUGGCGGGAUGAUUAUUGGCAUGAACAUCUCCAUAGAAAAAUCACAAUACCUAAUGAUGGCUCUGCGACAUGGAGAGUUUGCAUCGGCAUUAAAUGAGUGCAUUGCCCUAGCAGCAGACGAAGUAUUCUGCUUGCGUUCUAUAAGGGGACUUCAGAAGGAAGCACUCGGCUGUGGAAGUGAAUAUCUUCGAGCGGUGAUGGAAUCCGUCGGACCCGGUCGUUGA